AUGUUUUUGAAAACCGUUUUAAAUCUUGCCAUCUUUGCUGUGAUUUUGGAAGUUGCCUUUGCCUGUAAUGGCUACAAAAUAAAAAUACUAAAAGCUGAGAACUGUGUUGAAGAUCCCGUUAUUACUAUAGAUCCAGAGUCUACCUUAAAGCUGAAUAAAAAAUGUGAACUCAUACCAACAGGAUGCAUUGUAAAUAAAGGGUUUAAGACCGCUGUUUCCAAAUUUAAGGCAACCAAAGACGGAAUUGUCGUCAAAGAGGGUAAAAUGGACUGGUGCACCAUGGCCAAACAAGUUCCCGAAGAAGUGAAAAGCUACGCCAAAGUAUUUGGUGCUCCUACAUCGUGUCCCGUGGAAGAGAGCAAAAUUUGUUCUGAUGACAAAAGGAUUGACAUUUCAAAUUACAAAUCCUUUUUGGCACUGGCUCGUGGUAAUUUGGUUAUUGACUCUAAUGUGGAGCAUGAUACCGGUAAAUCAUGCUUUCAUAUUGAAUUGGAGAUAUCAAAGUAG